UGAAACGGUGGAGUUUGUCUUUGUUUAGUCCGCAAACAGAAGAAAAAGGAGAGAAAAAAGGCAGAGAAAGCGAAAGGAGAAAAACGAGAAAAGAGAAAUGGCGAACUUACCUCAGUCUUUCUCAGUCGGCAUCGGCGGAGGUUUCGGAGGUUUCGGAGGAGGAUCUUCGUCGUCAUCGUCGUCUUUCGGUGCCGGAGCUCCGGCUAACAACGAUCGCAACAUGCAAUCCGCUGAACAGCUUGUGCUUGAUCUCAGCAACCCUGAGCUUCGUGAAAAUGCUCUUUUAGAGCUUUCUAAGAAGAGGGAGCUUUUCCAAGAUCUGGCCCCUUUGUUGUGGAAUUCAUGUGCUACUAUCGCUGCACUCCUACAGGAGAUAAUUUUUAUCUACCCUGUUUUGUCACCUCCAACUCUGACUCCUGCACAAUCCAACAGAGUUUGUAAUGCACUAGCACUUCUUCAGUGCGUGGCCUCUCAUCCUGACACCAGAAUGUUGUUCCUCAAUGCACACAUUCCUUUGUAUCUGUACCCCUUUCUUAAUACAACAAGCAAGUCAAGACCUUUUGAAUAUCUGAGGCUCACAAGCUUAGGUGUUAUUGGUGCCCUCGUGAAGGUUGAUGACACUGAAGUUAUCAGUUUUCUACUUUCAACAGAAAUAAUUCCGCUGUGCUUGCGCACGAUGGAGAUGGGGAGUGAACUAUCCAAAACAGUUGCAACUUUCAUUGUGCAAAAAAUUCUUCUGGAUGACGUGGGUCUGGAUUACAUCUGUACCACAGCGGAAAGGUUUUUUGCAGUAGCCCGAGUUCUGGGGAAUAUGGUAGGUGCACUUGCUGAACAACCUUCAUCAAGGUUGCUGAAACACAUAAUUAGGUGCUAUCUUCGUUUGUCAGAUAAUCCAAGGGCAUGUGAUGCACUGAGAAGUUGUCUUCCUGAUAUGCUCAGAGAUACCACUUUCAGCAGUUGUCUUCGUGAGGAUCCAACGACGAGGAGGUGGCUGCAACAAUUGCUCCUUGCUGUUAAUGGGAAUCGGGUUGCUCUACAGGCUGGAGGAUUUGAUCAUAUGCUGUGAACUGAAUUCAUAUAAAUAGAACUUAAGUUAAGACUUCCUGGGAUCUUUAGUUGGAGUAUUUUCGUAAUGCAUUUCCGCACUUCUAUGUAGUGCAUUAUGUGAAUUAUUAUGAAGAUUAUUAUUAGGAGAUUGGGAAAAGACAUGCAUGCUCCUCUUCUCUUCUC